AUUUUUUUUUUUAGUUAUUUACCAAGAAUUAUCAAUGGAGGAAUUGCUGGUAUCGUUGGUGUGGCGUGUGUUUUCCCUAUUGAUUUAAUAAAAACACGUUUACAAAACCAACAAAUUUCAAGCGGUGGAGUACUUCAAUACAAAGGGAUAUUUGAUUGUGCAUUGCAAACCUGGCACCGUGGAGGAAGAACUAUUUUUACAAAAAUGCGUUCAAUGUAUUCUGGGAGCGGAGUAAACUUAUUGCUUAUAACACCUGAAAAAGCGAUAAAGCUAGUUGCUAACGAUUGUUUUAGAUUUUACCUUACUGUACCGGGACAAAAACAGCUUUCUAUGACAAGGGGAAUGAUAGCUGGUGGUGGUGCAGGAUUAUGUCAAAUUAUUGUCACUACUCCAAUGGAACUUUUGAAAAUUCAAAUGCAAGAUGCUGGCAGAACAGCAGGGCAGGUAUCACCAAAAGAAAAACUAUCAGCUGUUAGCUUAACGAUGGAUUUAUUAAAAAACCGUGGCAUUUUCGGUCUUUACAAAGGUGUUGGUCCAACAAUGGCUCGAGAUGUUUCAUUUUCUAUUAUAUAUUUCCCAUUAUUCGCAUAUCUCAAUAGUUUGGGUCCACGUUCUAGUGAUGGAAGUGGUAAUGCUGCAUUUUAUACUUCGUUCUUUUCUGGUUUAACUGCAGGCGCCUUUAGUUCGUUCGCAGUCACACCUUUAGAUGGUAAAUAUAAUUAA